AUGAAUGCUUCAGAACAUGGAUUUAACCCGGCAUUUAAUAUGGCUUCCAUAAAACAGGCGUUUAAUGAAGCUGUUGAAAGAGUAUCAACAGUGAGAAUGCCAGCACCAACGAGAUUACGGGAUUUAAUCAGACAAAUAAGGGCUGCUCGUACAGCUGCUGAAGAACGCACGGUGGUUAAUAAGGAGUGUGCAUACAUAAGAUCAACAUUUCGUGAAGAAGACAGUGUUUGGAGAUGUAGAAAUAUUGCAAAACUUCUUUACAUCCAUAUGUUAGGUUAUCCUGCUCAUUUUGGUCAACUAGAAUGUCUCAAACUUAUUGCAUCGACGAGAUUUACCGAUAAACGUAUUGGUUACUUGGGUGCAAUGUUGCUACUUGAUGAAAGACAAGAUGUCCAUCUUCUUAUUACCAAUUGUCUAAAAAACGACUUAAAUAGCACAACGCAGUUUGUUAUUGGUUUAGCUCUAUGUACAUUGGGCGCUAUUGCAUCACCUGGUAUGGCACGAGAUCUUGCCGCUGAAGUUGAACGAUUAAUGAAAUCACCAAAUGCAUAUAUUAGAAAAAAAGCUGCACUAUGCGCAUUUAGAAUAAUUCGACGCGUUCCAGAGCUAAUGGAGAUGUUUUUACCAGCAACAAGAAGUUUAUUGACGGAAAAAAAUCAUGGAGUUCUUAUUACCGGAGUUACUCUUAUCACAGAAAUGUGUGAGAACAGCAUUGAUACGUUGAAUCAUUUUAAAAAGAUUGUUCCGAAUCUUGUGAGAAUUCUCAAGAACCUAAUCCUCGCGGGAUACUCGCCAGAGCAUGAUGUUUCCGGUGUGUCAGAUCCUUUCCUUCAAGUUAAAAUUCUUCGAUUAUUGCGAAUCCUUGGUCAUAAUGAUGUCGAAACUUCAGAAGCUAUGAAUGAUAUAUUAGCUCAAGUAGCUACUAAUACAGAAACAAGUAAAAAUGUCGGUAAUACAAUAUUAUACGAAACAGUGUUAUCUAUUAUGGAUAUUAAAUCAGAGAGUGGAUUGAGAGUAUUAGCAGUCAACAUACUUGGAAGAUUUCUACUCAACAACGACAAGAACAUCCGUUAUGUUGCUUUGAAUACUCUUCUUAAAACAGUUUAUGUUGAUACAAGUGCAGUGCAAAGGCACCGGUCAACAAUUCUUGAGUGUCUUAAAGAUCCUGAUGUGUCAAUAAGAAGGCGUGCUAUGGAAUUGAGUUUUGCUCUGGUGAAUACAAGUAAUAUUAAAAAUAUGAUGAAAGAACUUCUUCUGUUUCUUGAACGUGCUGAUCCUGAAUUUAAAGCUCAAUGUAGCAGUAAUAUUGUUAUGUCUGCUGAGCGAUAUGCUCCGAAUAAACGUUGGCAUCUUGAAACAUUGUUCAAAGUACUUGUGGCUGCUGGUAAUUAUGUAAGAGACGAUGUCGUCGCCUGCACAAUUCAACUAAUCUCAGAAACUCAAACGCAACAGGCUUAUGCAGUAAAUGCUCUUUGGCAUGCACUUGAGAAAGACACUUUUGAUAAACAACCGUUGGCUCAAGUUGCUACAUGUAGACCUCCUCGAUUUUACAGAAAAAUCCGUCAGAUAAUUGAUACAUUCGGCAGCAAUCUUCAUAUCGAACUACAACAACGAGGUAUUGAAUUUUCACAACUUUUCCGCAAGUAUGAUCAUCUGAGACCAGCAUUACUGGAACGAAUGCCACCUAUGGAAACAGCUAAACCUCAAGCAAAUGGGAUUAUCGGUAUAGCUAAUGGAGAUCAAGAGGUGGAAGAAGAGAAACCACCCGUUGAACAAGUUUCAGCAAGCACUGAUUCAAGUGCUCUUUUGGAUCUUCUUGGAUCAUCAGACUUGGGCAUACCGUCUAUUUCUUCUCCAACUACCACAGCAUUACCAGCAAUCACUCCGGUUACCAACAACAAUCUUUUGGAUCUUCUUGGUGGUCUUGAUCUAAGCACUACACCUGCUUCUCCUGCAUCAGUAAUCGGUCAAAUUCAAUCACCAUCACAAUCACAAUCUUUCGGCCCUUCAACAAACUUUAUGGUUGAUGGACUUCUCAAUUCGACUGCUCAAAAUGACGCUCAAACGAUGGUUAUUUUUGAUAACAAUGGCUUAAAGAUCACAUUUACAGUUGAGCGUCCUGACGAUUUGCCUGAUCUACUUGUUAUCAGUAUGACUGCUGUAAAUUCUAAUAUAAUACCACUUACAGACUUUGUAUUUUCAGCAGCAGUUCCUAGGGCAUUCCAGUUGCAAAUGCUUUCACCGUCUGGUACAGUGAUCGCACCUUCUGGACAAGUCACUCAAGUCCUUAAAGUAUCGAGUCUAAAUAAUGGAGUUUUACGAAUGCGCUUACGGAUUUCUUAUACCGGACCAUCGGGUCCAGUAUUAGAGCAAACAGAAGUAAAUAAUUUUCCGUUGAUGGGAGUUCAGUGA